AUGGCGUUCGGGGUGUCCUACUGCGGCAACUGUCCCAUAUUCAACAAUUACGUACUUAAAAAAGCGAUCCUGAUCAGUUACGAUGUCAUAGUGAUCGUGUCGUUCGGUCUGUUCGAGUACUUCGCCUUUUCGGACGACGUGUUUGUCCGGCUGUUCAGUAAGACCACGAAUAAGGGGGUGAUGUCUAUACUGUUCCGCUUCUCCGCCCUCUCGAUGGCCAUCGAGUUCUUCGCCAUCAAAGGACUGCUGCUGAAGAAUGGCUGGGAUCUCAUCAAAGCCAUCAGGAAUACCGUAUGCCCGCUAGGCACAAUGAGCGUAUCACGUUUCCAGACGCACAUGAUCGACUUGUUCCUGGCUACAAUGGCCAUUAUGUGCGCGUUUCAAUUGCCCAUAAACUUCACAUCGCUGGACAAGUCGUUGACGAAUGUCUACAGCGAAGAGAAACUCAAGACAAUCGGCUUCUUCAUCGUCGGCCUCUUCUAUUCGAUGAACAAGUUUUCGGUCACUUCGUUGAUGCUGUUCACGGCGUUCGCCAUCCAGAAGCUCAUAAGCGACUGGACCAAUGGCCUCAAACGUAACAACAUCAAGAUCCAGGUCCUAUGCGAGAACAUACUGUCCCUGCGUACCCAACUGGAGAUCAUCAACGAGCUGAUGGGCAUAAUCAUGUUGAUCAAGGUAUUCGUGAACGCCAUGUUCAUGUCAUCGGCGGUAUGCACGAUGUCUGUGGGCUUUAUACCGGCCAACGCCAUUGUAGGCAUAUCCGGGUUCACCAUCACCUCAGUGGUGGACAUCGUGUUCAUGUGCUACUCGUCCCAGAUUAUGAUCAACGCCAUGGCCAAGCUGUGCAAACAGGUGGAAAAGACCCUGAUUACUGAUACGUUUUACGGUGGGGAUCAGGGAGGGGACAGUUAUAAGCAGUUGAAUGUCAUACUGUCGAUGAGGGAUAGUAUCCGACUAAAGGUGUUGUCGCUGUUUGAUCUGAAAACGGUGACAAUACUGGCGGUUGUG